AGCAUCAUUCUUGGGCGGCUCGUUUACCCAUCGCGCAACUCGCUCAAUGGACCUCACCUCUCCACCUGUCCCUCGCUACCGCGUGUCAAAGCUGUCACACCUCCAAACGUGUCACAUCGGGAUCGCAUAUUCGAGCCGCCGACCGCCUCUUAAUCCUAUCAUCCGGCUGUUCGGCGGUUCGCCAGUACAGUAUGAUGAAUUCGACGGCUGAGAUGGAUUCGCGCUCAUCCAUUCCUGUCGCGUUCUUUCGUUCCCGGCUCCUCGCACUAGCGGUCCGUCCAUGACCCAUCGCCCUCAUAUGGCGGACGACGAGUCGUGGCCCAGUCUCAAUCUGGCGAACUGACUUCCGUCUCGAGGCAGUCCGGGGAGAGGGAGCGCUAGGAGCAGCUGCAGCAGCACCCAGCAGCAGCAGCAGCGGCAGCAGGGAGACGGGCGACUGACUGUGUGACGGGCGUCAGCUGUUGCGUCAAAUCGCCAUGCCUGGUUGGCCUGUCACUCCAACUCGCCCCACUAGCGGCGGGGUGAUCGCGUCCCCUGCUCUUGUCGCAAACCUUCCAUUCUGCCACUGCUCGGCAGAUCUUACGCGCUAUGCCGCUGCAACCGAAUCCUCUCCCCGUGAUCGCGCGUCUCUCGCUUCGCUCCGCGUACUAUCUCGCUCCUCUCCACGUGCAGUCCUUUCCUCCUCUCCUCACCUACGCCCUCCCCCACCUCGCCCUCCGCUCCUCACGUGCAUCACUCGCCACUCCUCGCCUUUCUUUCCCUCCCGCUCCUCGUCGCAUGCCGUGCAUCGGUUCAAAAUGCAAUUUCGACCGUCCAGACCUUCGCAUCGACGGCCAGGCCUUUCUGCCGUAGGCCCUGGGGCAGAGGGGAUGGGCGCAAUUGAGACGCGACGGGGGAAGGGGGCAGAGGCAGGGAGAGGAUCCGAGGAGAGUAGCCUGGGAGGGAGAGAGGGAGGGGGGACGGCGGCAAACUUGUUGCCCAGACACACAGGCCCUCUGUCUGUGGAGCAGGACGGACAUCAAGAGGUUCGGCAGGAGGUUUGGCUAGAGGGUCGUCAGGAGGGGGAGGUAGGACUGACGGAAUCCUUGGCGAUGUCAGGCAAGCAGCAGCAGGUGCAGCAGGAGGAGGCGCAGCAGCAGGAGGCGCAGCAGCAGGUGCCUAGAACCAUGGCGCAGGCAAUCAGGUGCUUCGUGAAGCAGCCAGGAGUGCUGCUAGGCAUCGCCGCCAUGCUCUCCGCCAUCUGCCUGCGAGCCAUGCACUUACACUGGGGCAUCCAAGAUACUGCUGUGGCUGCAGCAGCCGUGUGCUGGUGGGUGCUUCAAGAGUGGGUUCUUCACGCCAAACUGCUGCACAGCUCCUUCGCCUGGUGGGGUCGGUCCAUCCAUGCGAAGCACCACAGCCGGCCCUACCAUCAUGUGUCAGUGGAUGGGCCAAAUGUCGUUCUCCUGAUCAUCACUGGUGGUGUCGUUGUCUCGCGUCUCUUGCUUGGGGCAUCAACUCUUUCGCUGACUGCUCUCAUGGCCUUCUACCUUACGGCUCUGACGUACGAGUGGACUCACUUUCUGUAAGGGCGAACUCUUUCACAACAGGUUGUCUGCAUGUUUUGCAAGUAAAUCUUCCCGACCCUUAUGACGUACCAUUCGUGUUUAUCUGUUCACCCAUUCAUGCAUCCAGAGUGCACACUCAUGUGCCCAUGCAUUCACGAAUUUCUCGUGCCAUCAAGAAUGCUCAUCUCAAGCAUCACCUACGAGAUGCGAGAUAUUGGUUCAGCUUCAUAUGCCCUCCACUUGACAAUGUGAUGGGUACAGUUCCUCGUACAUUACACAGAAACUGAUGGCAAGGCAAGCAUGUCAUAUAUGGAGCAAAGUAUGUCAAAUAUGUGUAUCUCCUAUGUUUGUAUAGACUGUAUAGGGCCACCUCUUAGAGGGUACAACACUUAGGUAUAUUCACCUGUACUCUCUCUCUAUUCAACAAUUCACUUCUCACUU